CAGCUAUUGUACUGGAAUUUCCUCAGAACCUUGAAACCAAAACAAAUCCUGGUCCUGCCUUGGAGCCCAGGGAUUGAUCAUGACUUCAGUGCUGGGCAUAGCAGUGCUGGCUCUGGCCCUAUCAGAGCUCACCGUGGCCUUUGUUCCCAUCGGGGGUGGGACAUCCACUCACAUCAGCAUUACGGGAACGGCUCUGUUGCAAAAAGUGACAGAGACAUGUCAGGCAGUCGCUGAGGCAGCUGGUCAUGAGUUUAAACCCACGGGCUCGUCUCCCGAAGAGCUGGUGCAGGCCUGCCUCGGCCCCACAGCGACAGGAGAAGUGUCCGGUGCCAAGUUUCACUCUGCUCUUCAACAAGUCUACAUGCAGAACGGACUGGUAGACCGUGACUUUGUCAACAGUGCUCCACACCACUUCAACUCAGAAGCCUUUCUGGAGGGACGUGGCCUGAUCAUGGAGGGCAUGGUGGCCAUUAAGGCUAACAUCCGCGAGGAGAACUUCCAGGCCGCCAGGGAAAUGCUGGGCAGGAUCCUUCAUACGCUGCAGGACUUCUACAGCCACAGUAACUGGGUGGAGCUGGGAUACACGGAGCCAUACAUUAACCUCAUACGCCCAGACCUUCCACUGGAAAAUCUGGCAGAUGUCGACACAGCCACCUGCAGAGACUGUGCCAGUGGAACAUGCCCCAAUUCCAUCCUCCCCAACAUCCUGAACGAGAAGAAACUCACAUCAGGCUACAUGGGAAUCUUCUCAGCAGCCAAGCCUAAAGGUAAAUGCAGCCACGGAGGUGAAGCUGACUUGACGAGCGCAGCAGAUCCUCGCGGAGGCAUCAACAAGGACGAGCGUCGCUUGGACAACGUGGCCCUCCACACUGCUGCUGUGAACGCAGCCACAGCUGCCAGCCUGCAGCUGCUGGAGGACAUCCGUUUAGCUGCAGGGGACAACGCCUUUCUGAGAAUGAUGGGGAUCGCCCGCUCCUCUGUCGUGUGCUUCGUUAUCGACACUACUGGCAGCAUGUCAGAUGACAUCGAUGAAGCCAGGGCAGUUGUUUACGAAAUCAUUGACAGCAAAAAAGGGACGCAGGAUGAGCCAUCUGAGUAUAUUCUGGUGCCCUUCAGUGACCCCGAUUUUGGACCGAUGAUCAGGACAACAGACCCUGAUGAGAUGAAAAGAGAAAUCUCUAAUCUUAAAGCAAGAGGAGGUGGUGAUCCCCCUGAGAUGUGCCUGUCAGGACUUCAGUUGGCUCUCACUGGUUCCCCUGCCUACUCCCACAUCUAUGUUUUCACUGAUGCUACAGCCAAGGACAUCAGCCUCAAGGACACGAUUAUUGCUCUUGUCAGAAGCUCCAAGUCAACGGUGUCAUUCUUCAUGACUGGGGUCACUGGUAGGCGUCGUCGGUCCCUCAGAGCUUCUUCCUUUGAAGACUACAGGGACCUGGCUUUAGCCUCUGGAGGACAGGCCAUCCAGGUGUCUAAACGACAGUUGCCUGAGGCCACAGAUGUCAUCCUUGACACAUCCACUUCAGCUCUGGUGACAGUUCUUCAGCGAGCAAGGAACCUUGGGAAGGAGGAAACGUUCCCCUUCACAUUAGAUGAAUCUCUGAAAAAUAUCACUAUAUACAUCACAGGAAAAUCCAUUACUUUCACACUGAGUAACCCUGCAGGUGUGACCCAGAGCCACAGUGAGACCAGUGGUAAACUGGGGACCAUACAGACUGUGGGCAACCUGAGGAGAAUUCGUCUUAACGCUGACAUGCAGACAGGAACCUGGAAGAUACACAUAAAGACCAACCAACCAUACACACUAAAAAUCACAGGCCAGAGUACCAUUACCUUCAUUUAUGACUUUGUGGAAAGCUUCAAGGGACCUCACCCAGGUUAUGCCGUACUCAGUGGGCGUCCACAAGGAGGCCAGCCAGCCACCCUGAUGCUCUCAGUACUUGGCAGGAAAGGUCCGUCCUCAAUAAAUGUUGAAGAUGUUGGCCUGGUAACUGUAUCUGGUCCUGAGACUAUUAGCAAUAGCACAACAACUGACAUGGGCAACGGAGACAUCUUAGUGACUGUUGAAUCAGUCCCUGAGGGGGAGUUUGUAGUUUUUCUGAGAGGAACUGACAAAGUGUCGAACAGCAACUUCCAGAGGCAGUCUACCACCCAGAUGUCCGUCUCCAAAGUGAUUAUCCAGGCUGUGGUAGACAGCAGUUUGGAACCAGGAAAAGCCUUCAACCUCACCUUCAGUGUCAUGACCCAGGGCUCUGAUGGUCAAUACUCCAUUGAUGCCAGAAAUGACAAAAACUUCCCCAUGUCCUUCCCACACAACAUCAUCUUGACAUCUGGAGAAUAUAGUAACGCGACUUUGACCAUUACGCCACCUGCCGACACACCGUCAGGCACUGAUGUCACUCUGACUAUGGAAGUGAAGUCGUCCAAUGGUGUUGACUCCAAUUACGUUGUUUUGAGAUUCUCUGUUGUUACCAAGAUUACAGAUUUUGUUCCACCUGUGUGUGAAGUGGUCAGUGUGCUAGCUGGUGAUUGCCCUCGAGAUAUGUCUCAGUGUGGACAUUUCCAGUGGCAGCUCUCAGCCAGCCUUACUGAUGGAAACGGCACUGGGAUAGAGAGUGUUUCCCUGCGUCAGGGCGAUGGAACACUCUCAUACACCCCCCUGACUGCUCCUGUCAUUAUGGCAAACUACACAGCCUCCUGCUGCUCACAGAUUAUGGAGUUGGUGGCUGUAGAUAAAGUUGGCAAUGUGGGCAAAUGUUAUCAUUCCAUUGAGCCUUCUGCUGGCCCUCCUUCUUUGACCCUCUCCCUGCCACUGUGGUUGUGCCUGCUGGCAUCUGUCUUCGUAACAAGGCUUUGAAGGGCUUAGGUUAGGUUGCUCAGAUACCCUGCUUAAAUAAUAAUAAAUAUGAGCACUGGUUAUGAAAUGGAUGAUGAAUGUGUACUGAAGUUGUCCGAUAAAACGACAAUGAUUAAAAAAAAAUUCAUUCAGUUGUACUACAUUGUUGAGGAUUUUUCUCUCUCUUUCUGUUCGAAACACAUUUCAGUUCCGCUGCCAACCAUCUUUGGAAAACACCCACAUCUUCACCCAUUAAAAUGCACAAUAACAUGCCUGUAACAUUUUUUUGUG